AUGGACUUGAUAAUAGUCUCUAAUGGCCAGAGGCCUAGCUACAAUGAGGACAAAUUCCUGGGCGCUCCUGGCCCCCAAAUAAAGGAACUGGCAUGUCUCCAGCCCACUGGAGGUGGACUUUCCACUGUCAUUUGGGCUCAGGCUUCUACCCUGUAUGAACUUCCCUGCCCAUCACGGGACGUCCCCUUUAUUCCCCAACAGCCAGCCCUGCACCAAAACGACCUGCCUCGGCUUUGGUCAAAGUUAGCAGAAACUAAUAUCGAUAGACGCCUUCUCCACUUAAUUGUCAAGUUACAUGAGAACACGACCAUACAGGAGCAUCCCCAAGACCCACGAACAGGAUUAUGCCCCAAGGACAGCAUCAGCUUUGAAUACCUCUGGCUGCUCCCGGGCAUCGGAGACUUCAUGCUGGAGGAGGAAAGAGGCUUCCAAGACCUAGCGAGCAUCCCCAAGGCCCCCAGCCCACGAACAGGAUUAGGCCCUCAGGACAGCAUCAGCUGUCUUUACCUCUGGCUGCUCCAGGUUGUCAGAGACUUCAUGUUGGAGAUGGAAAGGGGCUUCCAAGGGCUAGAGCUAGUGGUGAUGAGUUUUGAGCUCUCCCUGGGAAUCAGGAAUCAGACACAGGUGGUGGAAUUUGUCCUCCUGGGUUUCUCUGGAAUUCUGUAUGGUCACACAUAUCUCGCCUUGGCAUUCUUGGCCAUCUACUUGGUCACGGUACUGGGGAACCUGAUGAUAUUUACUAUGAUUCAACUGAAAUCCAGCCUCCACUCCCCCAUGUAUUAUUUUCUCAGCCAUCUCUCCUGCUUAGAUAUGUGCCUUUCCUCAGUCACUGUCCCUAAGAUCAUGGUGAACCUCUUGCUCCAACAACAGACCAUCUCCUACAACCAGUGCAUGGCCCAGAUGUUCUUCCUGAUCUCUUUCACAGCAGUAGAGGCUGCACUGCUGGGUGUCAUGGCCUACGACCGCUACACUGCCAUCUGUAAACCUCUGCAUUACUCCCAUCUCAUGAACACCAAGGUGUGCACCGUACUGGCCUUUGCCACUUGGGUCUGCGGUUUCUUAAACUCUGCUCUGCACACGGCUCUAAGCACCAGGUUGGACUUCUGUGGAAUCAACCAGAUUCAUCACAUCUUCUGCGAUCUCCCUCCACUGAUGAAAAUGGCUUGCAACGAUGCACACAUCAAUGAACUGGCACUCCACAUAGUAGGACUUUUUACGGGUGGGGCCCCCCUCCUGUUUAUUAUUUUCUCAUACAUCUCUAUCCUGUCCUCCAUCUUGAAGAUUCGUUCCACUACUGGCAAGCGCAAAGCCUUUUCCACUUGUGCGUCUCACCUCACUGUUGUCUUCAUCUACUAUGGAAAUGCACUACUGAACUAUCAGAGGCCAAAGGCUGGUUACUCCUUGGCGACGGGCACUUUGCUCUCCAUCAUGUUCUGCGUCAUCACCCCAAUGCUGAACCCCCUCAUCUACAGUCUCCGCAACAAAGAAGUGAAGGGGGCCCUCAAGAAGGCUGUGGAAAUCUGGAGGCCCUCUAAACACCAUCACUCUCUAUGUUAG